CUGCGACCGGAAGUUGCGAUGCGCAUUGCGGCUAACUCCACACAUCUGUUCAACAUGUCUCCUUCGCAGACUCUUCCCUGUCAGUAGAAGCGUCUGGAUUAUCCGUGAACCUACUGCGUUUUGUUAGCAGCAAGCUAGCGGGCCGUUGUCAGCCAGGACCCAGAAAAGCAGCAUCAUCAUCAAUGGUGUGUCUACAUCCCGGAGCUGUCACAUUCUCCUGUGUCCGCUCAAUGAACCAUCUGCUCAGCUCUCAUCACAGCUGCACAUGUAUGGCGUUUGCGAGGCUUGGAGGGGAGUUUUGCCAAGCCCAGCACCUGCUGCUUAUUGUGGAUAAGUGAACAGGAGACACCAGCAAGGCGCAAACACUGCCAUUGACGCACACAGGUCCUUACUGCCACCCUGUUCAACCCAUAUGAAGACAAGCCAACCUUCAGCCUGUCACCUGUCCUGGGGAGUAGGGGAGGCUCUGGUUUUAUCCCAGGAGUUUCCUCGCAGCUUUUCUCCUCUCCUGCUUUUCCUUUCUUCUUCUGCUCUGAUUCUUAGUCUUCUCUGAAUGGGCUAACAGAUUUGAAAGAAAGAAGGGACAGAUCCUUUAUCUGUCUUCAGUCCCCACCCCCCCUCUGGACUUUGGGUGUCUUCUCGCCAGUCUUUUUGAUCCCACUCUGAUAGAUUUUAAUUUAAUUUAACCAGGCCAAUUAAGUUUUUUCACUUAUUGCCAAGAAAAGUUUAGAUUUUUUUUUCCUGCAGUUUCUGUCCCAAGAAUUUUGUCUUGUGUUUUUUGUUCUUUUAUUCAGACUACUUUUUGUCAUCAAAGGAAUAGAAUAUUGACAUUCUUUGCCCAUAAAUUCUUAAGCAGUGUUUUUUUUUAAACAAUCAGAAGACUUUUGCUUUGGUUCCGUGGAAGACUCUGUCUGUCUGUCGCUCCAUUCUUUGAAGCACAGUAUUUUCUGAUCUCUUUUUUUCUUUAUUAACAAACCUUUCUGGGUCUGAAAAUGAACCGACCGGCUCCAGUUGAGAUCUCUUAUGACUGUCUGAGAUUCCUCAUUACGCACAACCCCACCAAUGCACAACUGGGAAGGUUUAUAGAGGAUCUGAAGGCAUAUGGAGUCAACACCCUGGUGAGAGUGUGUACCGCUACAUAUGACAAGACACCAGUGGAACAAGAAGGCAUACACGUCCUGGAUUGGCCGUUUGACGAUGGUUCCGCCCCCCCAGACCAGGUGGUUGAUGAUUGGCUGAACUUGCUGCAGACGAAGUUUAGAGAGGAGCCUGGUAGCUGUGUGGCUGUGCACUGUGUUGCUGGAUUAGGACGAGCUCCAGUGUUGGUGGCCCUGGCUCUAAUUGAGUGUGGGAUGGAAUAUGAAGAUGCUGUUCACUUCAUAAGACUGAAGCGUCGCGGAGCGUUCAACUCCAAGCAGCUGCUUUACCUGGAAAGCUACAAACCUAAACUGUGUCUGCGCUCCAAAGAUGCCAACGGACAGAGCUGCUGUAUACAGUAGGGUUCUCCAACCCCAUUCAUCUUCACUGCAGCUUCACAGGAGACUUUCAUGUUUUGUUGUUAAAUGGAACGUUGACAUGUUUGGGUAACAUUUUUUGAGAAUAAAGCACCAUGCAUUUCCAAAUACUUAAAGAUCUCUUCUAACACCAUAGACAGACAACUUCCAAUUUUACAUACAAAAUGAACCAAAAAAGUGGAAGUGUUAAAGGUUUUUAUUUUGCCUCUACCCAGCCCAUUAAAGGGAAGCCCCCAAAAAGAAUUUGUUUAAACUCUCAGCGAAAAUCACUGAAAUUAAAAGUUAAAAACAUUUAUUUAAACUCUCUCAAUUAACUGUUGCAGGGGCAGCUACAGUAAAUGCUGUUGAUGUUAACAGUUCAGAGUAAAAACUUUGACAUUGAAAUCAGACAUUAAAGAAUAUUCUGUCAGUAGACAAACACGCCUGACAGUUGAUUUCAUUCUUGCGAUGUUAAACUGGUCUGCAGCUUGACAUCUGUUCUAAGCCACAACACUACAAAUGCUGAAUACAUAGUUGUCAGUAUGUGCUUUCAGAGGCUUGCUGGUUUAUUGCACAUCAAUCCACACAGUGGUUCAGACUGAUCUGUUUGUUCCAAUCUUUCCUCACUGACCAAAUCAACGUCCUGCAGCCGGGAUGUGGCACAGAUCAAAAAGAAAGUUAGUACAAUAUUUACAAAAUUUGCUUAAAGAGGAUAAAAAGUGCUCUCAGUUUGAUUCAAAUGUGAUAUAUGCUGUAUUAAACAACACUACACUCUACCUAACCUACUGUAUGUCCUAAGUCAGAGUCAUAGGAUCACAGACCACUUCUCUAGAACAAACUUGUGUUGGCUGUAAAUGUUUGACACUGUCCUUCAUAAUGACACCAAGGCGAGAGGGCCGACAUGUUAGUUUGUGAAUGUAUUCAUCAUAAAUAAACACUUUAAGGUUCGGGUAGAUUGUCCUGUUAGCUGUCUAGUGUAAUGACCACAAAUAAAAUCAUCAAUAUGUCCUCACUAAUACAUUGGCCCUUGCUCCAUGCCUCCACUUCUGCAUAUACAAUGUAGAGGGGCAGCAUACAGUAUGUGGUAUUAGUCUUCCCACUAGGCAUAGUAUAUUAGGUGGAAAUUGUGUGAUAACAGUACAGAAUGUGUUGUUAAAUAAUAGUAGGCUCCAUGCAAACACAUGAGCACGUACUAUUCACGACACUAGAGAUAUAAUGAGAGCUUUUGGUAAUAGAAACAUCGUUUUGGUGCCCCGGUUGUCAUCACUGAACAGUUACAUUUACUAAUGGGACAAUCUCCUAAACACUUUCUGUAUUCCUAUUACAACCCCCACUGAACAGGACUGUGGAGCCAACAUGGCUGCCACUGAAACCCUAGUGGCCAUAGUUCUUGUCUGUCUCCGGCUCUGUACUUACCUAGCUGUCUGCUCAGCUGCUGUGUUCGUAAGACGCUGUUGUGAUGUUAUUAUUUUUCUAUAGGUUUGAAUUUCUCUCCCUGUACCUUUUAUCUAUUUGUACUUGUUAUUAUUUAUUGAUUCCACAGUGUUUCUUUGUGAAAUGUCUGUCUGCUUGAAAAAAAAAAAUCUAUUAGUCUUCUUAGAAAAUAAAGUGUUUAGUACUGUAA